CAUUUUGUUUUUCUUUCCGAUGCAAUAUUGAACAUCACCGCAAAUAAAGUUCUGGUGGGUUACUAGGAAGCUCUCUCAUCAGUCAAUCCCCGACCGUCAACAUGGUUGAAGAUCUGCCUCGAAUUUAACAUCAUAGCGUACUCCAGCGCCGACACGCGAGCGCAUCGCCCACACUCUCCUUCGCCUCCGAAACACUACCCGGCUUUCUCGUCGCGGCUGUGAAUCUUGUCGGUUUAACAUCCUUAUCGAUCACAAGAAACAUCCUUGCCCCCUCCAGCGAACCCCGCGGCUUGACUCCUCACACAUAUCUUCUCCUCCCUUCGCUUCUACCGACACCGCCAGCACAAGGCGACAUCACAGCUGCAAAAUAGCCCCCAGCUACCCGGUGCAGGAAUCGAGCCAACCCCCGGAAUCCUGGGUGGGGAAAUCGCACCGCCAUGCCGACGUCUUGGAUCACACAUUCCAAUAAUGGAAUCAACAAAAUCACGUCGGCUGUGAAGUUCGACGAGGCGGGCAAAUAUCAGCAAGCAUUCGAAAACUACAUGAGCGGGUGCGACGACCUCAUGCUGGCAGUUAAGAAAAAUGACGCCCCCGAAGAAACCCGUGUUGCGUUGCGUCGAAAGAUGGCCGAAUACCUGCUGCGCGCCGAGAAACUGGACGCGCAUCUCAAGGCCGAGAAGUCCAAGAAGGAAGCCACCAAUGGAGAAUCCAACGGCGCCAUCGCAAGCAAUGGACAGGACGACGACAGUAAGAAAUUGCGGAAUGCGCUAGAGGGCGUCGUUCUCCAGGAAAGGCCAAACGUGAAAUGGGAGGACGUGGCGGGUCUCGAGGGAGCCAAGGAAUCAUUGAAGGAGGCGGUGCUUCUGCCCAUCAAGUUUCCCCAUUUCUUUUCUGGCAAGAGGAAGCCGUGGAAGGGUAUUCUCCUUUAUGGACCGCCGGGUACUGGCAAGAGUUUUCUGGCAAAGGCGGUUGCCACCGAGGCCAAGAGCACGUUCUUCAGCGUCAGCAGUUCGGAUCUGGUGAGCAAAUGGAUGGGAGAGAGUGAAAGAUUAGUCAAACAGCUCUUCGCCAUGGCGCGCGAGAACAAACCAUCCAUCAUAUUCAUCGACGAGGUCGACGCCCUCUGCGGAGCCCGUGGCGAGGGCGAGUCGGAAGCGAGCAGGCGAAUCAAGACCGAGAUGCUGGUGCAGAUGGACGGUGUCGGCAAGGACAGUGAGGGCGUCCUCGUCCUAGGAGCGACAAACAUACCUUGGCAGCUUGACUCGGCCAUCCGCCGACGUUUCCAGCGUCGUGUUCACAUCAGCCUCCCCGACGUCGCGGCGAGGACAACCAUGUUCAAACUCGCCGUCGGCGACACGCCCUCGAGCCUGACCAACGAAGACUACCGAGAGCUCGCCAAGAUGGCUGAGGGGUACUCUGGCAGUGAUAUUUCCAACGUGGUAAAUGACGCAUUGAUGCAGCCUGUGAGGAAGAUGCAGAUGGCGACACAUUUCAAAAAGAUCAUACAUGAAGGCGCGGAAAAAUACACCGCCUGCUCACCAGGUGAUCCAGCGGCGGUAGAAAUGACCCUUUGGCAGUUGGAGGGCAAGGACUUGGUCGAGCCCCUGGUCACGAAAAAGGACAUGGAGAGAGCCAUCAACUCGACGCGACCUACGGUUUCCCAGGACGACCUGAAGAAGAAUGCAGAGUGGACAGAGGAGUUUGGCAGCGAAGGUGCAUGACCAAACCGCAACCCUUUAUACCUGGUUGAAAAACUUUCUGCUUCAUCGUGGCACAUAUUUCGCAGACACAGCUGGUUAGAUAACGAAUUGUACGCAUCCAACGAGAAUCAUGAGAGGACACUUUUGAACAGGUCGGAUUAGAAACCCG